AUGUCUACAGGACCAAGUGCCUCGAGCGCCCGAUUGAGCAAACAACCGGCACGAGAAGACGAUGUGCCCGUUGAGGAAGAACACAAGAACCCCACGCCGGGAUCCUAUGCUACGCGUUCUACGCGUGCGCCGCGUGCGAGCUCGGGUAUCCGAACUCCCCUUGUUGACAAAGCUGCCGAGUCCACAAACCUUGAUACGGAGACAAGGACAUGGUUGAAGAACGUGCCACGAGUGCUGCGCUACGUACAGUUUGUAAAGAUGUAUCACGAGCUCCAGGAAGAGAACGGUGAAUGGGAAGUCCAGCAGAUCCUGGACGCGCGAAUACGGAACAGAAAGCUUCAAUACAAGAUCAAGUGGGAAGGCGGAGACUCAGACAACGCAUGGUAUUCGGCUGGGGACAUAUGA